GCACAAAACAGAGUAUGUCCUUUUCUACGUGCACCUUGGCCCCCACUCCUCAACACUCAGUCUAGAUAUAUUAUGUCUAUGGCUGUGAGCGUAUUUCGGACCGCAGCCUACGUGAAGUCUUCUGGUAGUCCUGAAUUCGGAACUUUUCGCCGCACAAGAUUCCUAAAAUCUUUACAGCGUUCAAGAUCAACAAUUUAUCAAAAGGAAACUCGAAAGGCGCGUAUCGCGCGUGACAAUACGCGGUGAGAAUGGCAGCCAUACACCGGGAGGCGAUACAAAAACAAAUUCAACAGGACUGGGCUAAUCGCGAAUACAUAGAAGUUAUCACUGGCAGUAUAAAAAAAAUUACGGAUUUUCUUAAUUCUUUCGAUAUGUCUUGUAGAUCAAGAAUAGCAGUCCUUAAUGAAAAGCUCACAACUCUUGAACGAAGAAUUGAAUAUCUAGAGGCAUGCGUCACAAAGGGUGAAACACUGACAUGAUCCCUCUAUGUAUAAUGCGCAAAUAUAUCCUUUUACAAUCCUUUUUAUUUACUGUACUAGAAUCUGAAUAAAUACAGGAUGAAAAUGAAAGAUA